ACCGCGCGCUCGCUUAGCGCGGCGCGGCGCCGCUGCACUCUUAGCGUUGUUUUCGCCAUGUUGGGAUAGGCAGGGCGAAAAGCUUCCGGGGAUUCGCUUUCCAGUUUCCAGCGAUGGCUGUUCAUACUUUCAUGUGACAAUAUAUUUGGUUACUGCUACUUAUUCUAAGUUGAGAGAGUUCCCUCGACACCCCCACCAUGUCCUCCCAUAAUGUCACCGUGACGUUGGAGGACGCCCUCUCCAACGUCGACCUGCUCGAGGAGCUUCCUCUACCUGACCAACAACCUUGCAUCGAAGCAACGGCCGUUUCCCUUACGUAUCGCGCAAACUUCGAUACCAACUUUGAGGACAGAACAGCUUACGUUACUGGGAUAGCUAAGUACAUAGAAGAAGCCACUGUUCAUUCGGAAUUGCUUUCAGCAAUUGUCCAAUAUUUUCAAGAUGCUGAAACCCACAAUGAUCUGAAUAAAUUAUUGGAAGAGGGAGAGAGCUAUGCAGUCACACUGUACACAUGGAGAAGCUGCUCAAGGGCAAUGCCACAGAUCAAAUCAAACAACCAACCCAACAGGAAACAGAUUUAUGAGACGUUUGUUGAUGUUCUACGACCAGAGGUCACCAAGCUAGUGAAUUUCAUGUACUUUCAGCAAAGAGCAAUCGAUGUUUUCUGCAGAGAUGUGAAACGUCUUUCCCACGCGGAAAAGAGGAAGGACUUUGUGUCGGAGGCGUACCUCAUGACGCUAGGACGUCUCAUCAACAUGUUUGCAGUUCUGGAUGCCCUUAAGAAUGUCAAAGCCAGCAUCAAGAAUGACUACGCUGCCUACAGGAGGGCAGCCCAGUUCCUGAAGGUGAUGGCUGAUCCUCAGGCCCUGAGGGAAUCACAGGAGGUGGUCCUGUUCCUGGCCAACAACGAUAAGAUCACCAGAACUCUGAAGGAGAACCUGGAGAAGAUCCAGGGCCAUGAGGAACUCCUGAUGGACAUCGUCAAUCUCUGCGUGGACCUCUUUGAACAACGCCAGUAUGUCAUGCCAGCUGAAAAACACAUGCUUCUCAAGGUAAUAGGCUUUGGUCUAUACCUCAUUGAUAGCAAAGAGAACAACAUCUACAAGCUGGACCAGAAGAAGAGGAUUAAUCUUACCAAAGUAGACAAGAUUUUCAAGCAAUUGGAAGUGGUGCCCCUCUACGGUGACAUCCAAAUCCCUGUCUUCACAUACAUUAAGAAGAGCGCCAACUACGAGUCCCACAAGUCCUUUUGGAACCCCGACAUGUCGUCAGCCGCACAAUACAACCUCCUAGAGCACCUGCAACCGAUCAGAGACAGCCAUAUGAGAUAUAUCAGUGAGCUUGCCAGACAUAGCAACAAGGAGGUUACCACAGCACAGAAAGACACAGGUCGGACUGAGGAUGAGAAUCGUGUACUGUAUGAGAUAGCUCUGCGUGGACUGAGGUUAUUGUCGCGGUGGACGUCCCUUGUCACAGAACUGUUUUCUUGGAAACUGUUUCAUCCUGCUGAGACUAGGGACAUCAAAGCUCAAGAAGCCGAGGAGUAUGAGAGGGCUACGAGGUACAACUACACAAGCCAGGAGAAGUUUGCACUGAUCGAGGUAAUCGCAAUGAUCAAAGGCCUUCAGGUACUGAUGAAUAGGAUGGAGAGUGUCUUCUGCGAGGCGAUCCUCAGGACAGUGUAUGCAGAGAUGCAAGACUUUGUUCAACUCACUCUACGAGAGCCGCUGAGGGUGGCAACCAAGAAGAAGAAGACUCUUGUAGUCAGUAUUAUCCGAGCCGUUAGAGAGACCUGUGCUGAUUGGCUGAGAGGGGUAGAACCCAACGACCCCGCCCUGAAAGGAGAGAAGGAUCCAAAGAACGGAUUUUCAUUCGACGUGCCCAGGAGAACAGUCGGUCCAUCAAGUACACAGCUAUACAUGAUGCGAACCAUGCUGGAGUCACUGACUGCGGACAAGGGCGGCACUGGCAGGAAGACCUUACGCAAGGAGCUAGAGAGCAUCUUCACGGUGGAGCCCCUGGAGAAGUUCCACAAGAAGACGUUCUUCUUCACCUGUAUGCUCAAUUUCUCAGAAACACUGCAAGCAUGCUGUGAUCUCUCCCAGCUGUGGUACAGAGAGUUUUUCCUUGAAAUGACAAUGGGAGAACGAAUACAGUUUCCAAUUGAAAUGUCAAUGCCAUGGAUCCUGACUGAUCAUAUCUUAGAAACAAAGGAACCUUCAAUGAUGGAGUACAUCUUAUAUCCUCUAGAUCUGUACAGCGACAGUGCUCAGUAUGCACUCACACAAUUCAAAAAGCAGUUUCUCUACGAUGAAAUAGAAGCAGAGGUGAACCUGUGCUUUGAUCAGCUGGUGUACAAACUCAGUGAGCAAAUCUUUGCCUACUAUAAGGCCCUUGCCGCAAGUAUAUUGUUGGACAAGAGAUUCAGGACAGAGUGUCAGAACUUUGGCAUUCAUAUUCUCUAUCCACCUCCAAACAAGUACGAGACAAUACUCAGACAGAGGCAUUUACAGCUCCUUGGCCGUUCUAUAGACCUGAACCGACUGAUCUCACAGCGAAUCCGUACCUCACUCCAACGUAGUCUUGAUCUUGCCAUAGCCCGUUUUGAGAGUAGCGAUUUCACAUCCAUUGUGGAGCUUGACCAACUUGUCGAGGUCAAUCGCUUGACCCAUUCACUCCUGUCCAAGUUUCUGACCCUUUCUGAGUUUGACUCCAUGCUGCGUGAGGCCAACCACAACGUGAUGGCACCCUACGGCCGUAUCACGCUUCACGUCUUCUGGGAGCUCUAUUAUGACUUUAUACCAAACUUCUGUUACAAUGGAUCGACAGAGAGGUAUGUCAGGACGAAGCUGUCGUUCAUUGAUCCUCCUAGCAGAGACAAGCCACCCACAGCUGCGGCAUCCUACCUGUUUGGAUCCAAGGCUCUGAACAGUGCGUACAGCAGGGUGAACAGUCUCUAUACCUCAUUCGUUGGUAUCCCUCAUAUACGGUGCAUGGUGAAGCUUUUAGAGUAUCAGGGUAUUGCUGUCAUCAUGGAAGAACUCCUCAAGAUUGUCAAGGGUCUGCUCCAAAACACAAUCCUCCAGUACACCAGGGUACUCAUUGAAGUGAUGCCCAGGAAAUGCAAGCUACCCAAGUACGAAUACGGAACCAAAGGUGUGGUAGCAUACUACUCAGCGCAUCUCCAGGACAUCGCCCAGUACCCGGAUCUCAAGGUCAACCUCUUCCGGAACUUCCAGGAGGUCGGCAACACCAUCAUCUUCUUCCGUCUGAUUGAGCAGAGUCUGGCCGUAGAAGAGGUCUGUGACCUUCUCCAUGCCUCCCCCUUCCAGAACAUCAUCCCAAAGCCACAUGUCAAAGCCGGUGAGAAGCUAGAGGUAAAACUUAAGAGACUGGAGGCUGGCUUUGCACCUCUCCACGUUGUUCCUGUUAUAGAGAAACUUGGAUCACAAGAGCAACUUGCUGACACGCGAGAGGGAGACCUGCUGACGCGUGAGCGUCUCUGCUGUGGGUUGAGCAUGUUCGAGGUGGUGCUGUCUCGGAUCCGUAGCUUCCUUGACGAUCCCGUCUGGUCCGGUGAGGAACCAAUCAAUGGAGUGAUGAACAUCGACGAGUGCACCGAGUUCCAUCGGCUCUGGAGCGCCAUUCAGUUCGUCUACUGUCUACCUCUCAAGGAGAACAACUUUACACCAGAGGAGAGUUACGGAGAAGGUCUUAACUGGGCAGGCUGUACCCUGAUCACUUUGUUGAAUCAGAAGAGACGGUUUGAAGCUCUUGAUUUCAGCUACCAUAUCCUCAAGAUCAAUAAGGUGGACAAUGUGAAUGAAGACAUCAAUGGCAUUCCCGUUGGCCGUCUUGUUGACCGUAUACGGAAGUACCAGAUCCUCAAUGGACAGAUCUUUGCAGUCCUUGGUAAAUACCUGAAGGCUGGAGAAGGAGAGAAUCCUCCGGUGGAGCAGAUCCGAUGCUACAAGCCACCCAUCCACCAGUCUGUCAUGGAAGGCAUGUAAGGAUAUCCUCAAGAGACCUGAAGGCUACUCUAGGAAAUUCCUGGAUAGCAUUGUAUUAUGUUUGGACAAGCUGAAAACUGUUAAAAACCACCCAUCCAUUAACCAGUCCGGCCUUGAAGGCAUGUAAGGAUAUCCUCAGAGACCUAUCGACUACUCUUGGAAAUUCCUGGAUAAAUGCAUGUUCAUUGUACAGACAAACUAAAAUCUAUUGAUAAUGUCCCAUCGACCAAGAAAGUCUGUCAUGAAAGCUAUGUAAGGAUAUCUUCAGAGAACUUUCAGCCUGAAGUCUACUCAAGGAGAUUCCAAAUAUGUCUUUACAUUUAAGAACAAGCUGAAAACUUUUGAAAACCACCUCCCAUCCACCAGUCUGUCAUGGAAAGCUUGUAAGAUCAUCAGAGACCCAAAGGCUACUCUAGGAAUUUCCAGAAUAGUUAUCUUCAAUGUAUGGACAAGCUUUAAAAACCUCCCAUCCAUCAACCAGUAAGGUCUUGAAGGCAUGUAAGGAUAUCCUUGAAGUCCAACAAUCUGAAUUCCCUCUAGGAAUUUCCAGAGUAAAUAACUUCAGUGUUUGUACAUCUUCAUUGAUUGGACAUCUGAAAUCUUUGAGAAAUGUACAUGGAAACUUCCCUCCUAUUAGCCAGGUAUUAAAGUCAUGUAAGGAUAUUCUUAAAGACCUAUCAACGUGAAUGCCACUAAAGGAAUUUUUUUAGAAGGUAUGUUCAAAGAAUGGACAAGCUGAAAACUAUUGAAAAGCUCCCAUCCACCAAACCACUCAGUCAUGGAAGGAAUGUAAGGAUAUCAUCAACGACCUAUCACCAUAAAUGAUAAUGAUAUCUCCCAAGAUUUUUAACCUGAAAGCUACUCCAGUAAUUUUCUGAAUGAGUAUCAAGGAUUUCUCAAAGUCCAAUCAGUAUGAACGUUCAGGAAUGAUGUCCCCAAAGGCCUAUCAACAUGAAUACCAGUCCCGGAAUUUCCUGAAUGGGUACUGCACAACAAUGGCUGCUCAACAAAUUUAAUUGACCAUUUUCUGAAAAGGGAUAAAUGGCCAAGCUGAAAUAAUACAUUGACAAAUAUGUAAAUGGAGACCCUUAGUCCUACAUACAGAAAUAUCUCUUGACCAAAAGACAUGGAAGGAGUUUGGAAGUGACCUAUCAACCUGAUAAAGGAGAUUGACUUAGGUUCUUCAGUCUUUUUUAUUGAAUGGGCAAGCUGUAUAAGGCAUCAAAUCUAAUAGUCAAAUCACCAAAGGCAAGCAAGGAUAUCGUCUAAAAACCUGAGAAUGCACAAGAAAUGCCCGGCGGAUAUAUUCUUAGGAUACGGACCCAGAAAUACUCAGAAGUUGCUAUUUCUCUUUGAAUGUCUUUGAGGGGAGAUGUGAUGAUCUGUGAGUCAUAGAAAGGCAUUUCUUUCUAAACACCAUCCACAUGUGCACAUUAUUCACAUCGUAGGAUAUUCACCAUGUACAGAUGUGACAAUUAAAUUGGUAAAAUAAGUCUUUAUGGUGCUCGAAGAUGCUUAUAUCUAUCAAUUUGUCAGAUUUAUUACCAUGGGAGCUGAUAAAAUCCCACAAAACAGCCAAUAUCCUAAGUAGAUGAUGGUAGUGAGGAAUGAUAUGUAUUUCUCUGAUUUUUUUUUUUAGUUUUUCUUUUGUCCUAUUGCAUGAUAUUUCAUUCAACCUUUAUGGAUUUAAGAGGUUGAUAGUGAUCCCCGAAUCUUUAAAAGAGAUCUAUUCAAAAUUAACUUUCCAUUUUUAGUACUGGUACAUGAAUAUUCUGUACAACUUCUGGUAUUGUUCACCAAAAAGAAUAGGAUGUUAUGCAAAGGGAUCAAUAUGCAUGCAGUUUAUAUUCGGGUAUUGCACAGGGUAUGUAUUGUAUGUACACACCCACAUAGACACUUUGUAUUUGAUAUACAAUCCUUUUGUAUUCUGUACCUAUUUGAAGUUGUCUGUGAUAGUGUUAACCUAUAUUCCUUAAUACAAUUACACCCUUAGUUCCUCCAAAGUUUUGUUGUGUUUAUGUUCGAUCUUUAACCCUUACAGAUUUUAAUUGAUAUAUAAUAUAUGUAAAAAUAUCACUACAUAUCAAACAAAUGUAAUAUCUUUUUGCCACUUGCAAUUUUUUGCCACUUAUAUGUACAGGCAGUGAAUAGGAGAAAAAAGUGGUGUUUUUAGGGACUUUAUUGUGGAAUUCCAUUGAUGACAAGUAUAGCCUUUUAUAUCAUUUUGGUACGAGAUGAACUCGCUUUUCAGUCUUGGAAUGAAGGCCAGAAAUCAUAUGUAAAUUGUUGUUUGAAAACCAAAUAAUUGUAUAUACCUAAAACUUACAUGUGUGCUGCCCGCAACAGAUUUUAAAAUUAAUAGCAAGAAGGGAGAAUAAACGCUUCCCUGUGGCACACACGUAUCACACAAAAUGUUAAAUGUGAUUUUAGUGUGGCUUAAGAAAUUAAACAAUUUAUUUAUUACAGAAUUUUUGUCAGAAGUGAGUGGAAUUUUUUGGUCAUGUUCUUUGUGAAAUUUUCAAAGAAAGGUCUGUAUGUUGUUGCAAUUGUAUUACUAUAUAAUGUACAUAUUUAUUGUUUAUGUUUAGUAUGUAUGGUGGUGUUGCAAAGUGGGAAGAGCUUUUCCUGCAUCAGGAUUGAGUAAUGUUGAAAACUACAUAGGCGAGGAUGCAUUUGAUAAGGUAUAACUUGUUUAUAUAAAGAAAUACAUUUUUAAACUACAUGUAAUAUAAAAUCUCAUCGUUGUCAUCAUUGAACGGAAGAAGUAGGAAUCCCUGUCGCACUUCUGGCCGUUCCAUUGAAAUAAAGCUUGUGCAAGUCCUUAAACGACUAACUCGCAUGUGUGGAGGGUGGACUUUAUAGGAAGAAUUAAUAAUAAAAAUAAUAACAGCAUAUUUAUCCAGGGUAGCCACUUCAGUUCCAUAACUGUUCUCCCAUUUUGCACUGUUAUGAUUAUUACCCUGGCUUUCGCUGGGCUGCCUAGGAUUUGGUGUAAGGAGGACCGGUGUUUUGUCCAGUCUAUUUUUUAAAAAGCUAAGGUAGAUGCCCGGACUACAAAAGAAGGAAGACUGUUCCAGGUGUCGAUCUCUCCCCGAUUGAAUCCGUUUAUAACUUCUGAGUUCCUUCUAUAUUUGAAGAGUUUCAUACGAUGACCUUGUCCUUGAGUGCUACUCUGAACUAGUCUGCAGGCUCAGACCCCGAUUGAAACUUUGAUCAACAAGUGGGUCUUUGCACAAGACUAGCACAGGCCAUUGUAGGCUUCGCAGGGUUUGCACAGCAGACUAACUGAACUAUAGGAGUGAAGUAGUACAGACCAGGAUCAGAGUUCCUCUUAUCAUUUUGUGGAUUUUCUUAAGCAACUUAACAUUUUAAUGUGAAAUGAACAUGCUGCAAAGUUUGGAACACAGGAGGGCAGUUUUUCUGUCACAAGUUGAUGCUUCAAGGGGCGCCAAAUUAAGGAUUAUUUUUGUCCCAGCAUACUUCUGAGUACGCAGCACCCUAUCUUGGCCAGUUUACCAUAAAUACCAUGGUUGCUUGCUUACAAGCAUUCAUGCUUUCUUAGCAAUCAGGUAAAAAAAUCAUCACCAAUCAAUCAAUAAACAGCAAACUGGUUUGACUUUGCAUGAGCUUCCUUAUCCGAAGUCAGACUUACAAAACUGACUGGUGUCUACUAUCGGAAGAAAUUGAAGAGCAUCAUCAUAUGUACAUGAUAUAAUCAGGCAUAAUGUACGAUGAACCUCAAACAUUUUUCGCCAUUUUAGAUAGUUCAUGACUUCUUUUUCGUCUAAAAAGUUCAGGUAUUGUUGAUCAAAUACCAGGAAAAGAUACAGUAUAGAAGGUGAUUAUCUACAAUAGCCACUCUCCACCCUGGUGUAGUAAGUGGGGAUGAAGGAACUACAUGAGUACUCAAGCACUCGAUCAGGGGAGCCGUGCUAAAACCAGGGUAGUAGUAUGCAGCACUAUAUAAAUAUUGCAUAUUAUUAUCUUUAUUAUUCCAUCAGAAGCGCAUUUUUCUACUUCCAUCAAACUUAACUCAUCCCAUUAAUUUGCAUUCACCCCCCCCCCCCAUCUUUUAAUUGAUGUGGAUCAAUAUCACUGCAAUAUCCACGUGUAUUGGAAACAAGUCUCGGCUUGAUCCACCAUCUUGCUCUGUGUAAAUGUAUUACUCUGUGUGAAUUGUGUAUCUAAAUGAAAUAGUAUUUAUGUGAGUUCAGUAAUCUUUGAAUGUGUAUAAAUAAACAGUAGCUAACAUUUACUUUGUGAGGCUGUUCAAAAGAAUGUUGGGUUUAUCCCAUGUCAUGUUGUAUCAUUAGCCGAUUAUGGUGGCAUGAGUUUUAAUACAUAAACAACCUAAUAUGUUUUUAUUCAUGUCUGCGAAGGAUUGCUAUUACAUGUAAGAUAAUGAACUCUUUGUGGAAAAUCGAUCAUUGGUCAUUUGCCAACAUUUCCCAGGCGAUUAAUGCAAUGUAGACCAGCAAGUUUUUCAUUUUCUUGUCCAAUUCCCCUUUUUCUUUUCACCAGGGGUUACCUAAUCAGAUUGACAACCCACUCAUUCCCACACGGGUCGUGUGGUCCAGUGGUUAGAGCAUUGGGCUCAUAAUCGCAAGGUUGUGAGUUCGAAAUCGCCACUCUGCCAUUGUCUCCACUUUGAUAAAAAAAAGGCCCGAGAGUAAUAUCUGUCAUCUAAAAGGUCAGCCACUAUGACCGAUUAAACUAGAGGUAAAAUGUUUCCUAUAGGUAAUUGGUUAUAUACCAGCUUGGCGUUUACCAGCAAAAAGCUAUUCUGCCGAGUUCCUACGGGAGUUACCAUAAACAGAAACAAAAAAGGGAAUCAAUUAAGGGUUUCAUUUUUUUAAAGAUUAAUUGAAAUUGCAUGAAAAAUGUAGGCACAACAAAAACUGCAUAACUUGUAAAUGCACUACACUUUGAUAAUAGAUCACACAUACAAUUUUUACUUUGUAUUGGUAAUAAUGUAUUAAAAUCAUACAUCAGAAUAAAAUCACAGAUAUGAAAAUUCAUACAUCACAUUAUUCAUCAUACUGCCAAAUUAUACAGUUAUAAUAAAUAUUUCAAUGCAUAUUCAAAUCGCUCAAAUUAUCAAAGUCUGGCAAUUUUCUGUUCUACAAAUCAAUCCUUUUGUAUGUUCUUUAUCUUUAUGCAAAAUUUCUACAAAAACUUGAAACUUGGGAUAUGCUUGGAUAAGAAAUGAGAUCAGACUAUUUGCCAACCAAACAUUUUGAUUUUCCAUACAUAAAAAGUCAAGCUAUUAUAUGCUUCAAUGGCCUUCACUUGCAAGCAAGCAUGAAUUUUUUGUAGUUUUUCACAGAGUACAAUUAUCACGUAAAAAAUUUAAUAAAACUCACUGUUUAUAAUCAUGUACUCCGAUGUAGAGUAAACAUUUAUCAUGAAAUGUACUUGUAAACAACACAGCAAUUCAUUUCCGUUUUUCAUAAUAAAAGUGGUGAAUUUCACAAAAAAUUACAACAUA